AUGUCGACCUUCACCGACGAAUACCGAAGGAAACACAUCGAGGAGCCCAAACUCGAGCAUUUGACCGACGAGACUCUGGAGAAUCCGCCAAAGCAACGAACGGUCCAGCAGCAAAAKAAACAGGACAAUCUGCUUGCCAAAGAGAAGCGAGAACUCGGCCUUGAAUCUGCUCGAUCGCGCUCCUCAUCACGCCGUGACCGCCGGAAGAGAAUUAAGGAGAUGAUCAACGACGGCAAAUUCUUAAAGACCACUUCCCUAGAGGCGUUGGAGGAAGCAGAUGCCAAUGGUGAUCUCAAUCAGAUGCGACCUUUCGAGCGAAUAGGUCCCGAUAGCACCUCUAUGGAUGGACCGGUCACGCAUGCCCGCGCAAUGAGAGGAGAGAUUCCCGUCCGAGGGUCGAAUCCGGACCAGCCCUACUACAUGAAGCCAGAGGAGCAGUCAGGAGGCGGUGCGCUCAAAGAUACCGAAGGGCUCAAGCUGACCCUCGAGGCAAAUCUUGAGAUUGAGAUUGAGUUGAAGGCCAGCAUCCGAGGUGAUCUGACACUGUCACUCUUCCAGUGA